GCUCCGUCUCCCCCCUCGCGCGAACGCCGGGCGCACGCAGCCAGGCCAGGUAUCCCCCCAACCAAACCAUCGCAUGGGAGCCGCGACUGGCCCGACGAAGCGGAGCCGCGUCCCCAGCAAGAGGCAGGAGGAGGAGGAGGCCAUGGCGCGCGCUGCGGGCGUGGAGGCGCAGGCGCAGGCGCGGCGGCGGCCACGGCUGGUGGGGUACGAGGAGCUGCCGGAGUACCUCAAGGACAACGAGUACAUCCGCGGGCACUACCGCGCCGAGUGGCCCGUCCGCGACGCGCUCCUCAGCGCCUUCGCCUGGCACAACGAGACUCUCAACGUGUGGACGCAUCUCGGAGGGUUCCUGUUUUUCCUGGCGCUCGCGGUCGCCGGAGGGUGGACGGAGGCCGCUGACGAAGCCGCUCCGGGGAUCAUGAGGUUCGUGGUGACACCAGCUAACGCUUCGUGGGGAAGCGCCCAGCAUUUGGGUGUGCCAAGCCACGACGGCAGGGCGUCGCAGUCCGGCGUGCCGCGGUGGCCGCGGACGGUGUUCCUGGUGGGCGCCAUGUCGUGCCUGGCCAUCAGCGCGACGGCCCACCUGCUGGCGUGCCACUCGCGGCGCGCCAGCGUGGUGUUCUGGCAGCUCGACUACGCGGGCAUCUCCGUGAUGAUCGUCGCCUCCUUCGUGCCGCCGGUGUACUACGCCUUCCUCUGCCACCCGCCGGCGCGGGCGGCCUACCUGUCCGCCAUCGCGGCGCUGGGCGCGCUCGUGGUGGCCGCGCUGCUCUCCCCGUCCUGCUCGUCCCCGCGCUACCGCCGCCUCCGCGCGGCGCUGUUCCUGGCCAUGGGCCUGUCGGGCGUCGUCCCGGCGCUGCACGCGCUGUGGCUCAACUGGGGCCACGCCGCCUGCUACCUGGCGCUCGGCCUCGAGGUCGCCAUGGGUCUCGCCUACGCCACGGGCGCCUGGUUCUACGUCAGCCGCGUGCCGGAGAAGUGGAGGCCCGGUGUGUUCGACGUCGUGGGCCACAGCCACCAGAUCUUCCACGUGCUCGUGCUCGUCGGCGCCGUCACGCACUACGUCGCCGUCGCCGUGCUCAUCCACUGGCGGGAGAAGGUGGCUGCCGCCUGUGGCGCGGCGUCGUAGGCAGGCGGGGCUUGCUGCUCCUGGCUUCUGCAGCAAGCCAGCUGAGGUGUUUGAUCAUCCAGAGCUUCAAUGUGCCAGUGCGAUGGAUUCAACAAGCGUUCGAAUCGGCGAACGAAGUAGUUGCAGUUGCAGUUGCAGCAUAGAUCGGCUCUAGAGUUCGACGAUUUGUAAUUUAAUUGAUGGGAUGAUUGAGUAUGGUGGUUCACUAAUUUAUGUUGAGAUUUAUCUGUCGACUGGGCGCCUUGGAUUUGCAGGUUUAAGAUUGCAAUGUCGGUAUAGUCUCUACUCAGGCAGGUUUCAGCUAAUACAGACAAAUUUGGAGGUGGCCAGGCCUGGGCUGAUUGAACAUAUAGCUCUAGAGUUUUGAGUUUUUAUCUUGUGAACAAGUUCGAGGACAGUUCUAGUUUGUGGCAUCAGAUUGAUAUGUACGAUUCGACUGAAAUGGUUUCAGCUUCCGGCUAAA